AUGUUAAUCAUAUGCAUUCCAAUCUGCAUUUUGGGAUUAGUUGGAAAUGGAAUGGUCAUUUUGUUUAUUCAUAUGAUCAAGAAGAAUAAGUUCAAUGUGUAUGUCAUGAAUAUGGCUAUGGGUGAUUGUGUUGUCCUUCUCUAUCUACUGGGUUAUUUUGCGUUAUUUGUAGAACCAGCUCGUGUCAAUGCACACACUUCACGUUUUCUAGAGAUAACAUAUUUUCUUGGACGCAACUCUGGUUUCUAUAUAUUAACAGCUCUCUGUGCUGAAAGGUAUCUGUCGCUUUUUUCCCCUGUCUGGUGUCAACGUCACAGACCAGAGAACUUCUCAGCUAUUGUGUCUGCCAUUCUGUGGGCCUUCUCGUGCGUAAUAGCUUUUGCAGAAGAAUUUACAUGCUAUCGAAGAUUCUAUGCAUUUAUGAAUGGAGACACUUUCCUUUGUGAUACUGCAACUGUAUCUGAAUUUAUCAUCGACUUCCUGAUUUUUGUGCCCAUCAUGGUCUUUUGCACUGUGGCCAUUUUCAUCAAAAAGCAGGGGAAAACACAAUCAAUGCUCGACAACACGAUUGUAGCGACAGUUAUUCUGUUUCUAAUUUUUGAUGGGUCAGCUAGACUUUUGGAAUAUAUAAACUACUGGCAUGAUGAUUUAGUAGAAAUGCCACUGUUUACAUUCUCUGUGUUAUUUGAUUCCAUAUGCAGCAGUAUCAACCCUUUUUUAUAUUUUGCUAUUGGAUGGUGGGGCAGGCAAAAAGCCCAGGAAACCUUAGAUAUUUUUGUAGAGAGAGCUUUGAAUUAUGAAACAAACAUAGAACAAGCAACACAAGCAGACCAAGAGAAGACUUGA